GCACAUUUCAGAUAUUUACGGACUAAAUCAGAAUUUUUGUUGUUUUAGAAACUAGAUUGUGACUGGAUUACACAAGGACCAAAAUUAGUUUUACAAAUAUUUAUCCAAACACGAUAAAUAAAUUGAGAAGGAGUAAGGGAGUGUUUGGUUACUUCUGAGAUUCUUCUGUUCCUAAGAGAGAGAGAGAGCGAUGACGGUAGCAGCAGGAAUCGGUUACGCUCUGGUAGCACUAGGACCCUCUCUCUCCCUCUUCGUUUCCGUCAUUUCCAAAAAACCCUUCCUCAUUCUCACAGUUCUCUCCAGUACGUUGUUGUGGCUUAUUAGUUUGAUUGUGCUGUCUGGAAUAUGGAGGGGGGUUUUGCCUCUCAGCACAACAGCUUCGUGGCCUUUUGGAAUACUCAUUUUCUCAUCUGUUGCUUUUCAAGAAGCCCUCAGACUUUUCUUCUGGAAAAUAUAUAAGAGGUUAGAAGACAUGUUAGAUGCCUUUGCUGACAGAGUAUCAAAACCACAUCUUCACCUGACAGAUAAGAUGCUGAUUGCUCUGGCUGGUGGGUUGGGUCAUGGUGUUGCCCAUGCUGUGUUCUUCUGCAUCAGCCUAUUAACUCCUGCAUUUGGUCCAGCAACGUAUUUCGUUGACCGCUGUUCAAGAGUUCCAUUUUUCCUUCUUUCUGCAAUUAUUGCUCUUGCAUUUGUCAUAAUCCACACUUUCUCAAUGGUCAUCGCAUUUAACGGGUAUACAGAGGGGAACAAAGUGGAUCAAUAUUUUGUUCCCAUCGUUCACGUUGUUGCUGGAAUGGUGACUCUGGUGAAUUUGGCGCCUGGCGGUUGUGCUGUUGGCAUUCCUCUUCUUUAUUUGGUUGCAAUCUUGACCUUGAUUCAUUGUGGGAGGAUGGUUUGGAGAAAAUUGACAGAAAACCCAAUCAGGCCAGUUCACUCAUAGUAACUGAUAAUCUUUGUAAAAAAUCUCAUCUAUAGUUUCUUGGUGCUUGCCAUUCCUGUUGGAAUACAUAAAGAUACCGAAAGUUAUAAUGCACAAAAGUUUUUCCUUGACGUUAUGUUCUCAUCUUACAAUGGGUUACUAUGCGGGCAAGUCAACUUUCUGCAUUUGUCAGUUUCACUUAUCGUCACUGCAAUCAGGUUUACUGAAGUUUUGGUUGCAGAUGCGGGUUUGCUGAAAGUCUUGAUCGUUUAGUAUUCAGAAAAAAAAGAGAAGAAAAUCUAGUAGAUUAAGAGGUUGUUGCUUAAAUUGGGACAUUAUGCCCCUCGCGUUGAAAUUCCAUUUUAUAUCAGAAUGUUAAUUGGGUA